UCAAGAUGUCUGCGCCCAUGUUGUCACAGUUAUGUAGUGCAGUAAAACUUGAACGUGACAAAGGCCUCCUAGAGCUUGAGAAGUAUCUGCAAAAUGAAAAACAGAAUAAAAUUUCUGAACUUUUAAAAGAAUUGUUGAAAUUGUUGUCCGAUGAUACUGCGUCUUGGGAAAUCAAACAUGGGUCUUUAAUGGCGGCAAAGAGUAUUUUUGAACAUAAAUCAUUUAAAUGUUCCGAGCACAUAGAGGAGGAUUUUGUUAAGACAGUGCAGGAAAAAGCAUUACAUUUGCUUAAUGACCCAGAAUACAGAGUUAGAUCAUCUGCAGGUGAGGUGAUGGGUGCUCUUUGCAAGCUAGUUGGCUCAGACGUGUAUAGUGAAUCAAAGUUGGUGAUCUUGGAAGGAAUUCGUUCCAACUUAGAAAGGCAGCCAGGACACGAAGAAGCCGAGAAAUUGGUUGAAAAGCUUGGUCAAAGCACAAGCCCAAUUGAGCCAGGAGCUCGAAGAGGCAGUCUUGAAGCAACCGAGAUAUUUCAUGAUACAGCCGGCUGGAAAUCACUAGAAACAUGGAUGAAGUGCCUCCAGAAUAUGAUUGAAGGAAGUAGCUACGGUUUCAACCGCUUUGUCAACCAGGAGUUGCUGGAUCUCAUUUUCUCUGCACUGGACCACACAAACCGGUUUGUUCGAGAAACCGGCUAUUAUGUGUGUUCCUCCCUGGUUGGGUGUGGCCUUAAGGAAAGAUGUGUUGAUGGCAAAACAGAUUCAUUAAAAAACACUUCAGACGUAAUAUUACAAAAAUGUGAUGCCAAAGGUGGUGGUCCUUCAGAGGAAGCUGCUCUAGCAAAAGAAAAUGCUAUCUAUCGCCAUGGUGAUCAGUUUGCAGAGUAUCUAGGGAAAGGACUUUCUGAUAACUGGAGUCAGGUCCGACUGGCAGCAUCUGUUGCAACAAGACGCUUUUUGAUGAGUCUUCCUACUGAGACAUGCAGAGUAAAAUUCUACCCGGAGUUGCUGCCCAGAUUGUGUCUCAACAGAUAUUAUGUUGCAGAAGGUGUAAGGAUUUAUUCCCAGGAAACCUGGAGACUGUUGACCCAUGGGGCUGGCAAGCAAUUGGUUGAGAAGUACAUGGAGCAUGUUGUGAAACACUACAUUGCUCAGACUGAGGCAGAUAACCAUGCAGUGAGAGAAGCUGCGUGUGCCUGUAUUGCUGAACUGGGCUCCAAGAUUGAGAAAAGGGCUGUAGCUCCAUACAUUGCUAAACUGUUGGCUGCUUUGUUGGUUUGCUUCAGUGAUGACAGCUGGCCAGUUAGAGACGCUGCCUGCAUUGCAUGUGGAAACUUUGUUCAGUGUUUUCCCAAAGAAUCACGGGGUUCUAUGCCAUCUCUCUAUCCACUGUUCCACAGCAACUUGCAGGACAACAUCCCAUCUGUGAGACAAGGAGCAGCUAUCGCAUUGUCGCGGGUCGUGUCCGCUUACGGAGAGGAAAGUUAUGAACACAUCUUCCCCAAGCUAGAGGAAGGUUUUAAAGGCGUGGAGAAACAAGCAGCCUCUGCUCAGAAGUAUUCGAACCUGGACAAGGGGCCAGCCACAUACGGAGUUGUCAAACAGCUGAGAGAUAAUGAUGACGCACUGCACACAAAUCAAACAAUGUAUUCCUGUGGAUCGUUGGCUCCGAAGAUGGGUCGUGGCAGAGGAGGUGGAUGUAUGGACCAUCAGUUUCGCAAACCACCAGAACCUUGGGAAUUAGCAGACGGAUGCAUUCACCUGGUGGCAGAAUUGUCGCCCAUCAGGGCAGUGACCCAGAAAUUAAACCCGAUUUUUCCUUUGAUGGCAAAGGCUUGCUCCUAUCGUCAUUACACACAGCAUGUCUACCUCCUGGAGUCCAUGUGUAAACAGCUCGCAAACAUUGCUAAAGGUCUGGGUAAACGACCGUUUAAGCAACACCUGGAGGCGUUUCUGGAUCCUAUCUUCUACAGUCUGUCAUGUGACAAUGUUCUUACCUCAAGUACUGCAAGUAACUGUAUUAUUGAACUGAGCAAUUAUCUUGGACCAGGUAUCUUCCGUGGCAGAGUGGAGCAGUAUAACCCGGACUAUUUGACACAACUUGAUACCUUGCCAUUACAACCUAUGUAAAGUGGACUAUCUCAACAUUGACGACUGAACUUCAACACAAUCUAAGAACGACUUUACCAUCACCUAUUUAAUGUAAAAGAGUUCAAAUAUCAUUUUUUAAAGUGACAUAUGUUGUCAUUUUUUCAUCAUCACCAUUAUUACAAAGUUUAUUUGAUGUCUGUGUUAAAAACUCUACUUUAGAGCAAAUAUCAAGUGUUGGUCCAUUUUUUUAUUUUUACUUUAUUUUUAUUUAAGCUAUUGAUUGGGCCUUGCUUAUUGUAGAUUUUAUCUCAUAAUAAAGAAAAGAAUGCUUUAUAGAAAAACCUGGAAUAGAAGCACCUUAUUUAACAAUUAUCUGUAUUUAACUGUCUUUUCAAGUAAAAGACUGUUAAAUUAGUGUUUUGUACAUUUGUACAAGUAUAUAAAGCCAACCGCUCAUAACGUUAGCUUUUGUGAACAAUUUUGAUUAUAGUUGUUCGUGUUUGAUAUACUGUUUAUAUUUAUUUAUGAAAUAUGAUUUGUAUUGUGUUAGUGAAGUCUUAGUUGUUGUUUUGUUAUUAAAUUUAAUGUUGCUCUAACAAAAUCAAAAAUGUCAUCUUUGGCAUGCUCAUGUGUUGGGAGGAGCAUUUAAAUGAAAGUUAAAGUUUGUUUUGAGCACAUUGAUUUAUUAAUCAUCGGCUAUUAGAUGUCAAACAUGUGGUAGUCUUAGAGAGGAAAUCUGCUACCUUUUUUUCCAUUAGUAGCAAGGGAUC